AAAUGCAAGGCAUUUCCGUUGCUCCCAGUGAGCUCUCCACCCAGGACGCUUCUUGUCUUCUUCUUCAACGUCAAGACACGCCGGCCGGCGCAGAAGCCAGCAUGGAGACGGAGGCGAAGAAGGUGGUGUGCGUGACGGGCGCCGGCGGCUUCAUCGCGUCGUGGAUCGUGAAGCUGCUUCUCCAGCGCGGCCACACCGUCCGCGGCACCGUCCGCGACCCCGCUGAUCCAACGAAGACAGAACACCUACAUGCUCUAGAUGGAUCUGCCGAGAGACUGCAUUUAUUUAAAGCAGAUUUAUUAGAAGAAGGGUCAUUUGAUGCUGUAGUUGACGGUUGUGAAUGUGUAUUUCAUACGGCUUCUCCUUUCUACAAUAACCCAAAAGAUCCUCAGGUGGAGUUGAUUGAACCAGCAGUGAAAGGAACACUGAAUGUUCUGGCCUCCUGCAAGAAAGCUUCUUCCGUGAAAAGGGUGGUUUUAACAUCAUCAAUGGCAGCUGUUGUAUUUACUGAAAAUCCUUUAUCUCCUGGAGUUGUGGUUGAUGAGAAAUGGUUUUCUGUUCCAGAACUCUGUGAAAAGGCAAAGCAAUGGUAUGUUUUGUCAAAGACACUAGCUGAACAAGCAGCAUGGAAAUUCUCAGAGGACAACGGGAUUGACUUGGUGACAAUAAACCCAGCUAUGGUCCUUGGCCCCUUACUGCAGCCCACACUCAACACGAGUGCUGAAAUAAUCAAGUAUCUAAUAAGUGGUUCACCUGUUUAUCUUAAUAUUAGCUUUGGUUGGGUGAAUGUGAAGGAUGUUGCUCUGGCACAUGUCCUUGCAUGUGAGGUUCCUUCAGCAAGUGGAAGAUACUGCGUGGCUGACAGAGUUAUCCAUUUCUCGGAAGUUGUCAAAAUCAUCCGUGAAAUGUAUCCUUCUCUUCCGGUGCCUGAGAAGUGCGCCGAUGACCAGCCAUUGGCUCCAACAUACCAGGUCUCAAAGGACAAGAUAAAGAGCUUGGGAAUCGAGUUGACCCCCUUCGAGACGACCCUCGGGGAAACCAUAGAAAGCUUGAAGGAGAAAGGCUUUGUCACCUUCUAAACUCAAUUGUACUAGUAACUCAAUAAAUUAUCUGCGGCAGAUAAGAGCAAAUAAAUCUCAUGGUAGGUAUCGGAUGGUAUUCGCUUGCACUUUCCAGUGUGAGUGCCGCUCAACAGGGACAGUGCAGGACCCCAAUUUUUAUUUUGUAAAACCCUACCUCCUUUUCAAGAGGUAUUUUAGUAUAUUGUAAUCUGAAUGAUCGCUUUACUGUUUGCUCAA